UUGUGCGGAGUUGAGGCGAGUCGGCUCGGGCUUGGUGUCGCGUUAGGGCCUUUAAAAAAUCUCACACACAGCUCCUCCUCUUAGGAUACAGCGCAUGCACAUGGUGCUGUUACUCAUCCCCGCACUUCGCGUGAUCCCUCUCCUUCCGUGAGUUCGGGAGUUUUUAAUUUAUUUGCUGCAGUUGGGAGGAGUUCUUGUAUAUAUUUUUGAAGUUUUUUUGAAAGCAGUCCUGAGGAAAAGGGGGAAAGAGGCAGGAACAUGGCGGCGGCGCCGAGGAAUCCACGUAGCAAUGUUAAAAAGGGUCGGAUUUUGGGGAUUAUCGACGCCAUCCAAGAUGCCGUUGGGCCGCCGAAGCAGGCGGCCGACAAGCGGAUGGUUGAGAAGACCUGGAAGCUGAUGGACAAAGUGGUGAGGCUGUGCCAGAACUCCAAGUUGCAGUUGAAAAACAGCCCCCCGUACAUUCUGGACAUUCUGCCGGACACUUACCAACAUCUCCGCCUCAUUCUGUCCAAGUAUGAGGAUCGCAUGCACGUCCUGAGUGAAAACGAAUACUUCAAGAUCUAUAUCGACAGCCUAAUGAAGAAAUCCAAGCGGGCAAUCAGACUGUUCAAGGAAGGCAAGGAGAGGAUGUAUGAGGAGCAAUCUCAGGAUAGGAGAAAUCUGACAAAGUUGUCGCUGAUCUUCAGCCACAUGCUUGCGGAAAUCAAAGCCAUAUUCCCUUUUGGACAUUUUCAAGGUGACAUCUUUCGCAUCACUAAAGCAGAUGCUGCAGAAUUCUGGAAACGUGCCUUUGAUGACAAGACCAUUGUACCUUGGAAAGUCUUUAGACAGUGCCUUCAUGAAGUUCAUUCUAUCAGCUCUGGUUUGGAAGCCAUGGCUCUAAAGUCUACAAUUGAUUUAACCUGCAAUGAUUACAUUUCAAUCUUUGAAUUUGAUAUUUUUACCAGGCUAUUUCAGCCUUGGACCUCUAUUUUAAGAAAUUGGAAUUUCUUGGCUGUGACCCACCCCGGCUACAUGGCUUUUCUUACAUAUGAUGAGGUGAAAGCUCGUCUCCAAAAAUAUAUCAAUAAACCUGGCAGCUACAUCUUUAGGCUCAGUUGUACCCGACUUGGCCAAUGGGCUAUUGGCUACGUGACAAAUGAUGGAAACAUCCUGCAGACCAUACCACACAAUAAGCCACUUUUUCAAGCGCUAAUAGAUGGAUGCCGAGAAGGAUUUUAUUUAUACCCAGAUGGACGAAGUUACAAUCCAGAUCUAACUGGAUUAUGUGAACCAACACCUCAUGAUCACAUAAAGGUUACGCAGGAACAAUAUGAGCUCUAUUGUGAGAUGGGUUCUACAUUUCAGUUGUGUAAAAUCUGUGCUGAGAACGAUAAGGAUGUGAAGAUUGAACCAUGUGGUCACUUGAUGUGCACUUCUUGUCUGACGGCAUGGCAGGAAUCUGAUGGUCAGGGUUGCCCAUUUUGCCGUUGUGAAAUCAAAGGUACAGAACCAAUUAUUGUUGAUCCGUUUGAUCCAAGAGAUGAUGGAGCAAAAUGUUGCCUAGACAGUUUUAAUAUGCCAAUAUUGGACCUGGAUGAUGAUGAUGAUCGUGAUGAUUCGCUGAUUAUGAACAGGCUAGAAUCAUUUGGAAAGUGUACAGAAAGACAAGUAUCUCCUGUGUCCUCGCCAAACUCGUCGCCUGUUGCACAACGCCGAAAAGCUGCUCCAGAUCCACUUCAAAUUCAACAUCUCAAUCUUCCCCCAGUGCCACCUCGGUUAGAUCUCAUUCAGAAAGGAGUGGUUCGGUCACCUUGUGCUAGUCCCACUGGUUCACCAAAGUCUUCUCCAUGCAUGGUUCGAAAACAAGACAAGCCUCUCCCAGCACCACCACCACCCCUCAGAGAACCCCCUCUUCCACCUGAAAGACCACCGCCUAUCCCACCAGAAAGCAGAGGUGCACGCUCACUACAUCCUUCUGGUGUCGCUUCUGUCAGGGACCAACACACAAUACAUGAAGCAAGAUGUCCCAGGGAUGCACAUAGUUCUACCACAUCAGCAGACUGCAGGUCUGGAUGUGAUCGAUCUCCUAAAUCUGGCCACACACCACCUGUUAAUUUAAAUACCAGAUCGAGCUGGCAAUUUACAGAUCCAAGUUUUCCAUGCAAACCUGGCAGGCGCCAAGAUACAACAUAUGAUAGUACGAAGACACUCACCAAUGGACUUUUGCGUACUGAUGAAUAUGAUGUUCCACCUCUACGACAGUCUCCACCACCACCAACGCUUGCAGCAUUUUCCAACAGCACGAAACACCCCCAUCUAUUCACAAAUGUACAGACAAUCUCUGAAAAAUCAAGAGUGUUUAAUGAGGACAAUGAAGAUGAAUACAAGAUCCCGUCAUCAUAUCCUCUGUCCAUAUCUACGCAUUCCACUCACUUACAAACUGUGAAACCGCGGAUAUCAAGAGUGUUUGAAAAUGGACAGUGCGCUAACGGAACUCACAACAGUACAACCGAAGCAAAGAAACCAAAAGCAUUGGAAAUGGAUGAUAUCUUUGAGGCUUCUUUUGUUCCAGCUCCAUUACCACCAGCUAGAGUUCCUGCAAGAGACAACCCAAAACCAAGUUGCUCCUCACUGAACAGAACACCUUCCGAUUAUGAUCUUCUGGUUCCUCCACAAGCUAGUGAUAAUGCAUUUGACAGCCCACCUCCUUCACUGCCUCCUCCACCUCCUCCUGUUCGUGUUAGCCUGUCAGAUCUGCCCAGGUCAUCUGGUUCAGGCAGCAGACCCACAUCUGGCCCUGACUCCUUCCAUUUCAGUGCAGUAGAUGCUGCCUUUGAUGCCCCGAGUAUUUCUGUACCUGUGCCACCUGCUAGAAGGACAGUUGAAGAAAAUCAGAAAUCUAAUAGGACCUCACAAGACUAUGACCAGCUCCCAUCACUGACAGAUUCUUCACAAGCACCAGCCAGACCUCCUAAACCACUUCCUCGUAGGGCUGCACCAGAUAGUUAUCACAAGAAAACUCAUGUUCAAGAACCAGCGUCUUUGCAGAGCAGCCAAGCAGAAGAAAAUGUGGAUGCAAAAAUUGCAAAACUCAUGGGUGAAGGCUACUCCUUUGAAGAUGUAAAACGAGCUCUUUUGAUAGCUAGUAACAAAGUAGAGAUGGCAAGAGAUAUUUUAAGAGAAUUUGCCAGCUUUCCUCCUAUUACUCCACGUCUUAAUCCGUAGCAAUGGCUGUUUGCAUGUGAGUGGAAAACCCAGAGAACAGGCUUCUGAGUUUCACAAGAGCAUUGAAUUUUAAAGUAACAUUCAACAAUCAGAACAAUUUUGAACCAACUGUGUGGAGCCUACUUCUGCGGCUUUCUUGGGAAGGUUUCUAAUAAAAGAUAGCAAUGAUACCUAUGUAUUUUUGUUAGCCAUAAUGUUAAAAAUCAGGGUUCAACUGAGAAGAAGAAAGUUUACUGUUUCACUCCUGUGAAUUGCUUGAGAUCUCUGCUGCUUAUCAUUAUCAACAGAAUUUUUUUUUUUUUGAGUAUCAUCUGAACUUUCUUGUUUGAGAUAGCCUUGUCGGCCUAAGUACUGAUUAUGUCUGGAAAUUGGGAACCAGUCAUUUCUGCUUCAGUAUUUCUUUUAUGUCAUCUGCACUGAUGGGGACACACUGUUGGUUUGACUUCUUCCUCCCUCCACCCCAUUGUCCAGUCUAAAACACAGACUAAACGAAGAUGCUUCAAUUUGCUGCAUUACUAUCUAUUCAACAGGUGCAAACAGCAUGUGGCCUUCACUACUGAGUCUUUUCUGAGAUAGUGAAAUUUCUUUAUUAAAAAAAACUACUUUCUGAAUGUAGAGUACAUAUAUUUGUGUAUGUAUAUUGCCUUUUAAGGUAAUUUUUGACAGUAACCUUUGCAGUUUCCCAUUGUGCACAGCCUUUACUGCAUUUAUUACAUCCGUUUCCGUUCCUAUGAGGUAGCCAAUUCAUCUGUAUUCUGAUGGAACAAAACUGAUUUUGAAGUUUCUGGUUAAUGCAACAAAAAUGUUAACCUAUUUUUAUGAAUUGUAACAUCAUUAAUGGAAUCAAUUUUGAAGUAAAAAUAUUCAUCUUUUUAUAUUUUUAAAUCAUUUAUAAUGCUGGAUAUAGAAAAGCAAAGGCAGCAGAGGCAAUGCACAAGAUCUAUACACACUGAUGAUGGCCAACUGAAUGUAAAACUCUGCCUGCAUUCAAUUGUGUGCCAAUAUAUUGAUGGAACUGUGUAGCAGAGGUAGAGUCUUGGUUUCUUGGUUUUGCUGUAUUUGUUUGUGCCGUGGGUGGGGGG